AUGGAGUGGAAUAUCAUGAUCAAGGACACCAGAGAUGAGGAUGAACAUUUUGGGAGUUAUGGAGUAACUUUGGUACAUUUGGAAGUUACUGAACUGGAGCUGGCUGUUAGAAUCACCCUGUAUGCAGUGAUCUUUCUGAUGAGUGUUGGAGGCAACGUGCUCAUCAUCGUGGUCCUGGGAUUGAGCCGCCGCCUGAGAACUGUCACCAAUGCCUUCCUGCUCUCCCUGGCAGUCAGUGACCUCCUGCUGGCUGUGGCUUGCAUGCCCUUCACUCUCCUUCCCAAUCUCAUGGGCACAUUCAUCUUUGGCACAGUCAUCUGCAAGGCGGUUUCCUACCUCAUGGGGGUGUCUGUGAGCGUGUCUACACUAAGCCUUGUGGCCAUCGCCCUGGAGCGGUACAGUGCCAUCUGCCGACCACUGCAAGCACGGGUGUGGCAGACACGUUCCCAUGCAGCUCGUGUGAUCUUAGCCACUUGGCUGCUGUCUGGAUUGCUCAUGGUACCCUACCCUGUAUACACUGCUGUGCAGCCCGUGGGACCUCGUAUACUGCAGUGUGUGCAUCGCUGGCCCAGUGCCAGGGUCCGCCAGACCUGGUCUGUUCUGCUGCUCCUGCUCUUAUUCUUUGUGCCGGGUGUGGUUAUGGCUGUCGCCUAUGGGCUUAUCUCCCGAGAGCUCUACUUAGGGCUUCGCUUCGACAGUGAAAGUGACAGCGAAAGCCGUGUCCGGAUCCAAGGAGGACUGCCAGGUGGAGCUGCACCAGGUCUUGUCCACCAAAACGGGCGGAGCAAACCCGAGACUGGCUUGGCUGGUGAGGAGAGUGAUGGCUGCUAUGUACAACUUCCACGUUCCCGGCCUGCCUUGGAGCUGACAGCACUGACAGCCACCACUUCUGGGCCAGGAACUGGCCCUCGACCAACCCAGGCCAAGCUGUUGGCUAAGAAGCGUGUGGUGCGAAUGUUGCUGGGGCUAUGGAGCCUGCCACAGGACUCACUCAGGAUGUCCCCAGUUUGAUCUCACUCUGCCUUGCCAGCUCUGAAAAUAAACACAGGCCUAAUGUCACACCUAUCUGACCAACAAGCUGUUUAGCACUGAAAAGUCCCUUCAACUCUUCCUAGUUAAAGACUGUUGCCCUGCUUACUCCUCCCUCAUCAGACCUCUUCAAAAAUAAGAAUAAAUAACUUGGCUUCUUUCUGGACUUCUUUUCUGGACUUUUCUUGGGUGGGGAGAAGUGAGAUGGUAUGGGAUUUUAUGAGGUUCUUCCUUAUAGAAUUUGUACCAUGACUGUAUAUGAAACCCUUCCAGAAAGCCAACGUAGAAGCCAAAUGGAGUGGGUGUUUUCUCUCUGGUU